AUGGCAUGUCUCGGGCAGGCCGCCAUGGUUGGAGAAUGUGAUAGUGAAGUCAAGUUGGACACCUCGGAACAAGACUUCCACACAAAACCGUCCCGCAAGCACAGCGUGUCCCACUGGCGUCUGGAGAACAUCGCCCAGGAGUCCACCGACAGCUCUGAUGAUGAGUUUUUCGACGCGCGGGAUCACGGUCUUGCACGGUGUAAUCCAGAGGAGCUAGCUGCUUAUUGGUUCACCGUUGGCGCUAAAUUCCAGAGCCUCUGGCUACACCCGCCCACUCCAACGGAGGAGCUUCCUCCCUUGCCCAUUGAAAACGACGGGGUUCACGAGCCGCGGGGGUCUGAGAAGUUUAUAAUGGACUUCAAUGAGGGGUCUGAGGAGGAAGCUCCUCCGUACAAGAGCUUGUACAGGCUGCACCCUCGCUGUGCCCCGCAGAGUAGUGUUGAUGGGCUGGAGGAUGUGGAGAGAAAGUGCCGCACUCAGCUUCUGAUCCUGGUGAUCCAUGGCGGUCACAUCCUGGACUCUGGCGGCGACACCGGGGGCAAGUCGGAUGACACGGCCACUCUGGCGUCUGUCCUGGAGAGGCUGGCACAUGCCCACUUUCAGGCGGCAGCGGAUGGCAUGGUGGUGCGGCUGGUACCCUGCCCACCAGUGUGCUCAGAGGCCUUCGCCCUGGUGUCCCACCUAAAUCCCUACAGCUAUGAUGAGAGCUGUGUGUCCAGCAGUGUGGAUCACCUGCCGCUGGCUGCCCUCCCAUUGCUUACCAUCACCACGCCACGCUACCAGGACGCCGUGGCAACCGUCAUUCACCAGGCCAACCAGGUGUACGCAAACUUCCUGCAGUCUCCAGAAGGGAUUGGCUUCUCUGGACAGGUAUGCCUGAUUGCUGAUUGUAUUGGGGGUGUCCUCUGUUUUGAUGCCCUCUGCUUCAGCGGAGACAAGAGACACACCGUUGCUGCUGCCUCACGGAAGCAUGACAGCAUCGAGAAUUUGAAGGACAAGCCCUCGGCCCCCGUGGACAGCCUGAGCCCUAACCUCCUGGGAAGCAAGCGCCUGAGCAAGAGCAACAUCGACGUGUCCGUGCCCGCCGAUGUGUCCACCGCGCCCCCCCACCCGCUCAUCCGUAAGCAGAGUGACUCCUGCAACGCCGACAUCAUGAGUCUCUUACAGGGAGAAUACUGCGGGUCACGCCUGGCGUCCGGCCCGGGCUCUUUUGACUUUGAGGUGUCUGACUGCUUCCUCCUUGGCUGUCCUCUUGGGCUGGUUCUGGCCAUGAGGAAAACAGUCCUACCUGCUUUUCAGGUGUCCCAGCUCCAGCCGGCCUGCUCGCAGCUCUUCAAUCUGUUCUACCCCUCCGAUCCCUCUGCCUCUCGUCUGGAGCCUCUCUUCCACCCCAAACUCAGGCAGCUGUCCCCAUUCUCUGUGCCCCGCUACCAACGCUACCCCCUUGGAGACGGGCGAUCCACCCUCAUAGGUGGCUCCUCUUGCUUUGACCCCUCCUCCACGCUUCUCCAUGUUGAGGAGGUGGUAGGCUGUGCAGCCAUCCACAAUGCAGGUCUUGGUUCUUCUGCCACGCGCUGCUGCGACCGGCUUUUCCGUAGCAUCGAGGGCUUUCUGGGGGCUCCACUGGUGCAUGCGUCUCAGGUGGCGUGGCAGGUGGACCACCCGAGCCGUGGAGCCACUUACGACGCAGCUCCUGCUUCCUCCGUCGCGCCUUCUGACACCUUGUUGAAGCACUCAGGGGGUUCAGCCAUAGGGAUGUUGGGAACAGACCCCCUUCCUGAAGGUCUGCCCCCAGUUGAAGUGGACUUCGUGUCUGGGGAAGAGGGCGACAGACCUUUGCAUGAUAAGGCAAAGUUGUCCAGGAGCGACAGUGAAACAUCAGUCGCCUCCCAGCAACAACCUGUCAGCCACCUCACUGACUUCUGCAGCCAGUGGUGGGGCUUGAAGCGCCUGGACUACGUACUCUUCUGCCCUGAUGUCCUGACCACAUUCCCCACUGUGGCUCUGCCCCACCUGUUCCAUGCAUCCUACUGGGAGUCCACAGAUGCUGUGGCCUUCAUUCUACGACAGGUGUUGCGGUGUGACUGCCUGAAAGCUGGCAAGGCGGACUGCUGUGAUACCGCGCCCCUCUGCCCCUCCAGCCCCCGGGAGAAGUGGCUCCGACGGCGCACCCACGUCAAACUACGGAAUGUCACGGCCAACCACAGAGUGCAUGACGUUAUUGCCACGGAGGAUGGGCCUCAGACUCUGGUGGGCCGUUUCAUGUACGGCCCCCUGGACAUGGUCACACUGACGGGAGAGAAGGUGGAUGUAUUCUUGAUGUCUCAGCCUGCAUCCGGUCGUUGGGUGUUUUUUGACACUGAGCUCACUAGCAACAGUGGCCGUGUGUCGUACACCAUCCCUGCAAACAAACGACUUCCCGUUGGAGUCUACCCCAUAAAAAUGGUCGUCAAGGGCGACCAGACGAGUGCCGAGGCCUUUCUGACCGUGCUGCCCAAGGGCAUGGAGUGUGUGGUGUUCAGCAUCGACGGCUCGUUCGCUGCCAGCGUCUCGCUGAUGGGCAGUGACCCCAAGGUCCGUGCAGGAGCGGUGGACGUGGUCAGGCACUGGCAGGACCGAGGCUACCUGAUCAUCUACAUCACGGGCCGGCCGGACAUGCAGAAGCAGCGCGUGGUGUCCUGGCUUUCGCAGCACAACUUCCCGCAGGGCAUGGUCUUCUUCUCCGAGGGCCUGGUGCACGACCCGCUCCGCCAGAAGACCAUCUUCCUCAGGGGCCUCGUGCAGGAGUGCCACAUUAAGAUCAGUGCAGCCUAUGGCUCCAUGAAGGACAUGUCUGUGUACAGCACUCUGGGCCUGAGCCCCUCGCAGAUCUACAUCGUGGGCCGGCCGUCCAAGAAACAUCAGAGCCAGUGCCAGUUCCUCAGUGAGGGCUACGCUGCGCACCUCUCCUCCCUGGAGUUCGAGCACGGCUCCUGCACCAAAAAGGGCCGCAUGAUCCCGCGCCAGGCCUCCUUCGGCCUCACCUCCAAGUCCGACUUCCUGUCGCCAUCUCCCGACUUCCUGUCCUGCAAGCGCACGCCACUACUGCGACGAGCCAUGUCUGUGCAACAGCCGUCCCCACCUUCCUCCACCACUGCCACACCGAAGCCCGAACGUGCCAAAAGCCAGCCUGAACGUGCCAACAGCCAGUGUGAGGUCCAUGUGGACGAAGUGGGGCCUGUUCUCAUCAAAGAGGACCACACUACUCCCUGA